AUGUGGAGCAAAUUCGCUAUGAUGGUUACAGAUAACUUAUAUACUUUAUUAGUAGCUGGAGAAAGCACAGAACCUUUGCAACCACUAUCUGAGGAACAAAUUAGUAAAGAAGUUCGAAUAUUCCUCGACACAGAUGUUUUCAACUCUGACGAAGCGUUCCUGUCUCUGUGGGAUAUGGGUGGACACAUGUCGUUCCAGGCUUCACACAGCGUCUUCAUUUCUUCGCACGGCGUGUACCUUCUAGUCUUCCGAUUGACCGAUAUUCUGGAAGAAAAACUGGAAACAGUCCGACUGAAAAAAUGGAUAAGAAUGAUUGGCACGUUUUCCGCAGUCAAACUGGAUGCGCAUAAAACAAGAUCGCAUGCUCCUCCAAUCAUUUUCGUCGGCACAUUUCUUGAUAAGUUGAAGAAAAACACCAAGGUACGUAAUGAAAAUUCCCAAUACCUUCACUGCACCAGGUCUGUGAUUUAUUUUCGGGAGUUUGAUUACAUCAUCACCGACCCCCAGUGGCUUGCUGACUUCUUCAGUAUCUUUCUUACCGAUGACCAGUUUCUCCCGAUUGGCGACCUCCUGAUGACCCGAGACCUGGAGCUGUACACAACAAAGGGCGAAUUGACUCAGAAAUUAAUUGAAGGUCUUCUGAAUCUGCCAAAGAAUCGUGCUUUCAUUCCAUAUCAACCCGUUCUUUUGGCGCUGAUGGAAAAAUUUGGAUUGAUAGUGAAAAUGGUGACGUCGUCAGGAUCCGCAACUGAACACCCACAGUUCAGUGAGACGUAUACGAUCCCCAGCAAACUGAUGGAGCUGCAAAACAUGGAUGUGAUAACCAGUGAAGUCACCAGUCUGAAGCGCAGUCUUCGUGCCAUUUCUACAGCGUUAUGCUUCGUAUUCACCGAUGUAUACGUACCUGACGAGUUGUUUCACAGAAUCUUCGCCCACAUCCUUAGGAUGUACACUCCAACAUCACUGUCAACACGAAGCCUCCAAACUACGACUGAAAUAGACCAGACGAGGCCGAGACGUGAACACGUGUGUCUUUAUAGAGGUUUUGGGUGUUUUGAGGUCAACGACAUCUGUAGAUUUAUCAUUUCCAUGCAACCAGAGAGGUCCACAAUUGUUGUGACUGUAUUCAGUCCAACGGAAGCCCAUCUCCCCGCAGGUAGUGGAAAACAAGUCAGACUCUCAAUAGAAGGAAUUAUUCGUGACGCCUUGGAAAUGAGUAACCAGCAACACUUUCAGUAUACACAUCAACUACACUGUAACUUCUAUCUGAGUCCAUACGACACCCCUGUACACCGGUACGGCGUCAUCAACUCAGAGAUGGGCGUACCCUGUAAAGGGGAAGAUUGUCAAAAACGGCACAUACUGUCGAAAACAGACACCUCAUUUUGGGACAUAACACAGGUAACUGUCUGUCUGUAUGUAUGUCUGUCUGUCUAAACGACGAAUGGUGACACGACAUUUCCAAACAGAAGGCCAACCGCGCGGGAACUUGGUCGCUUGUCCUAUAUAGUAAGCGCGUCUUCUUAUGAGCUGCUGUUUGUUGAGCUUGGAGUUCCUUACCCAGAAAUCGAAUGCAUGGAACUUGAGUCAUCAGAAUUAGCGGCAGUUACUCUGAUCACCAAGUUGUUUCUGAAGUGGACAAACAUCUACCCGAAUCAGACAUUCCAUCACAUCGUCCUGGCUAUGAAGGAACAUGACAUGGCAACUGAUCGGAUUGUUGAAACAGUGGAAGCAGAACUAGGACCACAAGGCGAAGUUCCUAGAGAGGUUUCGGAUAGAGUUCCAAAUGAUUCUGAAAUCCAACUCAUCAUCAACAACAUCGGCCACGAAUUCUUCAACCUCUGCUUGGAGAUCGGAUUAUCACCUCCAACCAUAGAGCAACAAAGAUGUUGUCAUCCUAGCAACUUUAAGGAAAUGAUGACAGCUCUUUUGCAGUGCUGGAAGAAGACUUUCCAAGGGGAGGCUACUAUAGGCAGGUUGUUGACGGCCAUGAGAAUGUGUCAGAUGGACUGGCAUACAACAGCACAAAUCUGGAAUGAGUGAAUGUGUCAGGGAAUGAAGAUUCUAAACAAAGACGUUAAGUCAAGUAUGCAAUUAUGUAACACAAAACGUUAAAAAUUUAAACCCCGUAUUAUUUUUCCUUACAUUAGUGUCCUUAUACAUUUUAGAUUAAUUUUCUUCAUUAUGAUAUAUUAAUUAACAUCUGCUUAAUUUCGGUAAUGAAUUGAUCUAUCAGGAUAUCUAACCGUAAGACAUUUAAAUGUCAUUAUUGAGUCAUUGGAUGAAUCCAACUCUUAACGAAUUUAUGCAAGUGAUUCUAUGUAUGUUUUGUAAAAAGAUAUACUUUGAAAUUUCGAUAUUGAUCAACUAACAUUUAUUUUUUUAUAUCACUAAUACCUAAGAAGUCGAUGAGAUAUGUUUUGUAUUUUCAGUUGUCACUUAUGUCCGCUAUUUACUUUUGUUCUAACUAUUUGUACAUUUUGUCGUUACAUAAAAGUCCCUAGUGAUUAGGUUCUCGGAUAUCACUGGCAUGAUACAUCAUGUAGAUGUUUUUAAAGAUUUGGUUGACAAUAAGUAACCCAGAAAGAUACACACAGAAUUUCAUAUCUAUCCACAUGUAUACUUUACUAGCAUGUUGUCUACGCUGGUUAUAGUAAUAUUUACAUCAGUGAUUAAAGGGGCAGUCUAUUGUAGGUCAUAUAUCUAUAUAUAUGAUACACUGCCGAACGAGUAAAAAAAAACCCGAACGUCAUAAAGAUAUAUUGGCAAUUGGAUUUCAUGAUAGAUUUUAAAACUUCUAAGUGACAACAGUCUUUUACGAUAAAAAGAAUAUCAAUAGCUUGCAUGUGUUCUGUAAAACGAAGACGGCUCUUUAUAAUGUCGAUGUUGAUACUUUGAUAUUCAGUGAUUAUCUGAAUGUAAUUAUGUUGAUUGUCCAUUAUACAUUACCAAUGUGAUAACUUGAUCAGUAAAGUUAACAUGUCCACGAGAGAGAUGGAAGUAUAUUGCAAGAUAAAAACGUUUAAAGUAAUGGAGCUAUUGCCUUCUUAAUGGGUAAGUUUAAUAAGUAAUUAUCUACAUCGGUACAGCCUAAACAAGGGGACAACACUUUUCCCUUAUAUGCAAUAAGUUUCCUACAAUGAAAAUUGAAAGGGUUUGAACACAAAUUUAUGCUUUUCCCUAACGUUUACAAAGCGUUCAUACAAGUUUGUUUUAAUCAGCAUAAGCGUUUACAAAAAUUGAGAUUUGAGUCAGUGUUAAAACCUUAAAAAUAAAAUAUCUGAUAAGUAUAACGUAAGGCAUACAGUUUAAAACUUUAAAAAAUACUUUCCUCUCCGUCACAACAAAUUGUGAGUUCUAUUUUUAACGCUAUGUAUAAGUAUGAUGUUGGAAGUUUUAUAUAAUUACCUUAUAUUUAUUGAUAUCAUUAAUACAAAAACAUUACUGUAUAACCUUGUAUCACUUGUAGUAUGAGCGUAUGUUAAAGAUAAGUUACUGAAUUGACCAAUUAGACGUGAUGACUACCGUAUGUCUAUUUUACUUUGCUUUAUUUUCCUUUAUCUUGAUCUUUAAACUUUUAUCAUUUCCUGUUCUGAAGAAAAGGGAACAUUCGACAAGGGUUUAUUUCAUCUUCGCAUGCAAUGGUUUGUUUUCGACCUGUAUUGAAUUCACGUCCAAAUAGAUAACCAAAUGUUUUAUCUACACCUUUAAACUAGAGCACCUUUACGUUUCACUCAUUGUGCAACACGGCGAAAUGAUCAAAAGUUAAACUACCGUAAAAGCUUUCCUGGUCAUGCGUGCUUAUGCAUUAUUUUGUACCAUGUUUUAAUUUCGUGACUUAUAUACUAUUUUUGCAACGGAAGUGUGUCGAUAUCUUUAGCCUAAAUAAUACUGUAUAUAAACCCCUUAACAAAAAAUAAAUAAAAUAAUAAAAAACAGACAUUUGAUAUCGUAGUAUAGUCAUCUUCAACUUUUUUGCUUGAUAAGGAUUGUGGGUCCAUUCAUUAAAGAUUUUGUAGUAAUUUUUGAACAUACAAUAUAUAAGGAAUUGUUAUGAGAUGUAUUGAUGUUGUUGAACGAAUAAACAAAGGUAAAAUAACCGCUGUUAUCAUAAACGAACCGCUUGUUUGACUACAC